AAUUGGCAGUCCUGGUCACGACUGAUGGACAAUAGGCAUGGGCCAACCAUCAUAAGUUACAAUGAAGCGACGGGUUUGAUACAAGCAUUUGAAGACUGGUGGGCGCAUUGUGAAAAGGUUGACAAGAAUACAAUAAAGUUCAAAACGAAACCGUUGGAGCACAUGGACCUCAUACAAAGGGUGUACGAAGGCACUACGGCAACCGAAAAAUAUGCAUGGACACCAGGUGCAGCGUUCGAACAUGUCGCAAUCGAUGACGGUACUUCGCCGAUAGAUGAAGAAGAUUUUGAGGACAACAGCGGUUUGCCCCCUUUCCAUUCUGUCGCGCUGCCUGAAGACACUGUCCACCACACUUCUGUGCCAGAGGAUGACAUGCUGGUGACCGUAAACAUUGCGUCGUCGACAAUUCAUGCUGAUAACACACCUACAAGUGGUGGGAGCAAACGCAAAUUUAGUUGCACAACACACCCACAGCGAAAAAAAGAGCAGAGUGAGGGAGCUUUGCUGUUGGCGAGUUGCAUAGAAAACCUUGCAUUUUCAGUUAAAUUACAACAAUGAGAAGUCCGCGUGCAUCAUGAUUAUGGAGAUUCGACAUAGGAGCUCAUUGACAAGUGUAUGACAAGGUUGUACUCGCUGGAAGGGCUGGAUCCACAAGACCCACUAAUUGUUUUUGGUUUGAUGGUACUGGACAACCCGGCAAAUCAAGCCAUAAUGGUGCGGAUUCUGACAGACGCGACUGUUAUUAGC